UUUAAUGAUAUCAGAACAUUUUGAUGAAGAACUCCAAGAAGAUUACUUGUGCAUGUAAACAUGGAUUUUUAAGAAACCAUGAUUCUGCCUUAACAUUAUCCUGGUUAUGUAUGUGCAUGUAAAUAUACUCUGUGUGUGUGUUAAAUAAUAAAGACGAGAAAAGGAACUGGUAGCACCAUGUAGUGCUAGGAUGAAGAACCUCUGAAGUAGCAGCAUAAAGGAUUAAUCAUAAGUGUGUGUGUGUGUGUGUGUGUGUAUACAUAUUUUUUUAAUAUGAAAACUUGUCUAGUGAAAUGUAUUCCAGAGGGGCCUGGUCAAUUUCCUCAUAAAACUCAAUUAGAAUUGUGUUAUUGUUUCAAAGGUUCAAUUGGACCCAAUGGCUGAUAAUUUAAUGAAAUGGAUUGCUGCCCUGUUAAAUGUCUUAUGGUGUCUUAUCACUUUGGAUUUGGCUUCUCGAGCUGCAAAGCUUCAUAGAGCUCCUGCCAUUGGUAUCCUCCUCACUGCCUUUUCUUCUGUAUUCCGUUCAGUGACAUCUCUUGUGCCACUGCCUGGUAGCUCACAACUGCAAGAUCUUCAAGACGACUUGUUUUGGACCAGCUGCUUGUUUGCACCUGCUUUAGUUUCAUUUGGGUUUCUUUGGCUAAGUGAAGAUCGGACCACUGGAAACACACUGCUCUGUGGGUCUUUGCUUGCUGCCUCAUUGUCUGAUUGGUUUUCAGAAUACAGUCGUGUCCUUAUUGGCCGCUUUAUGGUCAUAAGUUCACUAAGUUGCUCUUUGACAGUUUGUGCUUUUACUGGUAAUGUCAAAGGACUCUUUGGAAAUCUUGUUUUGAACUUGGUCUAUCUCUCUUUUCCUACUGUCAGAGAGCAGUCAUUGAUACCGUGGGUAACAGGAGAAUUCGCAGAGACAGUCCUGAACAUGUGGAUGUUUUUUGGUAUUGUAAUCACUCAGCAGGCACUACAUGGAUUUAAAAGGGAGGGUGAUGACUGGGAUUAAACUGAGUGCUUACACUAUACCUUACCAUUCUCAAGCCCAGUUAAUCCAGUUCAGGGUUGCAGCAAGAAAACACAUGUUGACAUGGAAAGAACUCCACAACAGCAACAACCUGGUGUGAGGUUCAAACCCAAGACUACUGUGCUGCACUCUGUUAAAUUAUGUUGUCAAGAAUUACCUGUUCUAGACUGUACCUGACAAACACAGCCAGUACUGUGACACUUUUUUUUCAAUGUAAACCCUUUUAGUAGAGGGCUUCCAUGAGUAUCUACAACUUACAAAAAACCUGUUAUACUGUUAAAAAAAACAAAAACGUCUAUAGAGGUUUACUUUGAAGAGAACAACAUUAAUAGCAGUCUGCAAUUUAUAACUAUCAUAUAAGCUUUAUAUUGUGACAAGUCAAAGAUAACACAGGAAACAAAUGCAAAGUUAUUGUAUAUAGUUGUUUAGUCAUAUUCACCAGGCGGUUAAUUAACAGCCGUACUCUUUUAAGUAAUUACAACGACAGUGUUUGACACAGAAACAUCUGAAGAGUGAAAAAAGUAUAUCAAGAUACUCCAGUGGAUUUCCUUAAGUUUUAUUAUCACAUACUCAAAAACUUGAACAGAAAUCAUGGGGAACUGUACUAAAGUUGAUGGCUAAAGAUUGGGAUGUAGCAAACUAAAUGAGCUUGAAGCUGGGACUGUGUCUUUGUAAAUUUUCAAAAGUUUUUCAUUGAGUCACUAAUGGCAGACAUAACAUGCUUACUGGGUUACUGUUUAGCUCACAUCAAAAUGAUAGUUUUCUAUCCUUUUUUAAAUCUGGGAUUGCUACUUUGGUAAGUAAGAACAUGAAUUCCGGUCAGCAUUGUACACCAUGUGUUGAACUACAGAUAUCUUUAAAGUUUUAAAAUAUUUAAUUGCUUACAUCUCUCCACAUGCAUCACCAGUGCUUUGUAAUAUAUGCAAGGCAAAACUGCAGGAAUGCAGUUACAAACAUUGUGAUGAAAAAACUUCAAGAUUUAUGAUUGAGUACAAGAAAUAUGUGAUGCAACACUUUCAAGCCCAUUUAAUGAGUGACAAGAACUUGAUCCUAUUCCUUGGUGCCAGCCCACUGCAGGCCCCACUUACUUACUCAUUCUCCCUUUCUCUUACACACAUAAACACACAUCUACAAAGGGUCAAUUAAUCUAUCUUGCACAUCUUUGGGGAUGUAGGAAGAAAAAUCACAGAUGUUAAAAAAAUCAUACAAACUCAACACGGACAGUGAACAGGCUUGACGUUCAAACUCAGGGCACUGGAUCGACGAAGAGACAAUCCUCCAUCACCAUGCUAACUCUUAAUUCGUGACUAGUAUAUUCUGUCUUAAAAAGCUAACCCUGUAUUUUUCUUAAUUUUACCUGCCAUUUAGUAUGUAUAUUGUACAUUGUAAGGGGUGCUUGGUCUUUACAAAACAAUAAAUAGGAAAACUGCAGUCCUAAAAUAUUCCAUCAACCACAGAAUACACAAAUCCAGUAUUCGACAGUCCUAGUUUUAACAAAACAUUCAGACAACAGGAAUGGCUCACCUGUUUUUGACACAUGCCGUCCAGUGGUAAAAAUUUGUUCUGCACCUGCUGGUCUGGCUUCUGAUGUUGCAGGACAGUCUGAUGAACCACAGGAGGGAGAAAAGUAUGGAGUAUAGGGUAAAUGAUUUUAUGAGUAAAUAAAAAAAAAAUAUCCUUUGAUCCAUCCCACAAAACACAACCCCAACAGAUGUUACAACUUCUUGGAUGCCCUUUUUGGUUUUUGUUAAUGUGUUCCCAAAGCCAACCAUGUAAAUACCACCAGUAAGCACCCUUUUGACAUUGAAGAAAUCAUCUUAAAAAUAUUCAAAUAUUAUACAUAAAAAUUUUGCUCUUCAAAUAGUAUCUGGUCUACACGAACAUGAAAAAAAAUAAAUCUAUUCAUCAUCUCAAUAACAGAAUUUAACAAUGACUGCAUUAGAAAAAAUAUAUACUAUUUACAGAAAUUCGAUGUAAUUUAUUGACAAUGGAAAUAUUUACCUUUUUAAAUUUGAACUUGUCUUGCAUUUUACCAAACCAUUGUUAAGUAAAUAAAAUAACCAAAAUUGACUAGUCUAUAUAGUAUUUUCUUAUUGUAAACACUUUACGAAUGACCAACAUAUAUUGGAAAAACAGAAAGCCACUGUGAAACAUACAGGCAAGUCCAGAUGUCUGUGGCUGAAUGAUACCACUGAACUUAUUGAAUUUUAUUGUUGUUUUGUGGACAGUAACAAUAGGACAACUAGAAAGGGUUUUGGGUCCCAUUAAAGUCAGGUGCUGUCAUCAUCUGAGGCUGAAAACUGUCAAAGGUAUAAAUACUGUUGAAGUCUCUGGACAGACAGCAUUUUAAGCUGUAGUAUGAGAGAAUACUCUGCUCAGGUGGUAGAAGUCAUAUCUGGUCAUUUUCAAACUGCAUGCUCUGGCUUAUAGCUAUCAUUUGCUUCAGAAUGACUGCUAAUGUUCCAAUGCCAAAAAAAAAAACUUUGGGAAUAGAGCCCUAUUGUACAUGCUUCUGUAAUUAUGAAGUGCUUUGAGUGGCUGUUCUUGGCCCACACUGAAAUCAGUUUAAAAUGUAAAUUAGAUCCACUUCAGCAUGCCUCCAAUUCUAACACAACUGCAGUUAAUGGUAAUUUACUUUAAUCAAUGUGGCUAACUGUAUUUGAAUGAUUUUCAUUGAUUACAAUUAAGUAUUCA